AUGGCGAGCUUCAUGUCCAACUUCUUCCCUGGCGCAAAGCAGGACAAGUCGGCCGCCAACUCGCGUCCCGCGACCCCGACCAAAAACAACAACAACUUCAUCACCCCCGUCAGCACCCCGCAAGGCAGCCCGAGCAAGAAGACGGUGCCUCCGGGCGCCAAUGAACUCCCCCAAGCCCUGGAGAACCUGAAGCUCACCUCCACCAACCCUCUCGACAGCCCCGUCAAGCUGGGCCGCCCUCAGAGCGCGGUCACUCCGCUCUCACCUGGCAAGAGCAAUGUCCAAGCCGCAGACGAGUCCUCGUUGGUCGAUGACAGCAUCAUCCACAAAGGCAGCGCCACUCCUGGUACUCCGCAGGGCAAGCAGGGCAAGGAGAAUAACCCGCCGCCUACUUCGCGCCUGCAGAUGCCAGAAGCCGCCUACCAGCAGCACAGCCAUGCCGCCCUGUCGCGCCAAGAGCUCUACCACAUGCGAGAGAGGCCCUCGACCCCAGCCAAGAGGUUCAACACAUCUCGCGGUCUCACGCCCGAGGAGCUGGAGAUUCUCAAGAAGCCGGGCGUCAAGCGCUUGGUCAAUGUCACGCAGCUUUAUUUCCUGGACUACUAUUUUGACCUUCUGACCUACGUUGGCAACCGACAGAACCGCCUCAAUGCUUUCCGACAGGAGUUCCCGGCGCCCCCAGAGACCGACGAGGCGACCUACAAUCAGAUGUGGCAGAAGUACGCGGGCCGUGAACGCGCCAACCUCCGAAAGCGCCGUGUCCGCCUUCGGCACGGCGAUUUCCAGAUCUUGACUCAGGUUGGACAGGGCGGCUAUGGCCAGGUCUUCCUGGCCCAGAAGAAGGAUACGCGGGAGGUGUGCGCUCUCAAGGUCAUGAGCAAGAAGCUUCUCUUCAAGCUAGACGAGGUCCGCCACGUCCUCACCGAGCGAGAUAUCCUCACUACCGCCAAGAGCGAGUGGCUCGUGCGCCUGCUUUACUCCUUCCAGGAUGAGAAGAGUAUCUAUCUUGCCAUGGAAUACGUGCCCGGCGGUGACUUCCGAACGCUGCUCAACAACACCGGCGUGCUCUCGAACCGCCACGCUCGCUUCUACAUCGCCGAGAUGUUUUGCUCGGUCGACGCCCUUCACCAGCUCGGGUACAUCCAUCGCGAUCUCAAGCCCGAGAACUUCCUGGUGGACUCGACUGGACAUGUCAAGUUGACCGACUUCGGCCUUGCUGCCGGCAUGCUCUCUCCCGCAAAGAUCGAGUCGAUGCGGAUCCGUCUGGAGAAGGCUUCCGAGACUCCGGUGCCCUUUGGCAAGCCGAUGGAUCAGCGGACCGUGGCCGAGCGUCGAGACGACUAUCGCUCGAUGCGCGAUAACGACGAGAACUAUGCCAAGUCCAUCGUCGGCUCUCCAGACUACAUGGCACCGGAAGUGCUCCGGGGCGAGGAGUACGAUUUCACAGUGGACUAUUGGAGUUUGGGCUGCAUGCUCUUCGAGGCCUUGACCGGCUUCCCGCCUUUUGCAGGCUCGACCCCAGAGGAGACCUGGCGCAACCUGAAGCACUGGAGGGAAGUCCUCAAGCGCCCGGUCUGGGAGGACCCUAACUACUUCCUCAGCAACCGGACCUGGAACUUCAUCACCACUUGCAUCAACUCCCGGUCGAGGCGGUUUGCCAACAUCAAGGACAUCUACGGCCACCACUACUUUGCAGAGGUGGACUGGGCCACCCUCCGCGAGACCAGGGCGCCCUUCGUCCCUGAGCUAGACUCGGAGACCGACGCGGGCUAUUUCGACGACUUUAGCAACGAGGCCGACAUGGCCAAGUACAAGGAGGUGCACGAGAAGCAGCAGGCGCUGGAGAGCAUGGCGGAGCGCGACGACGAGAUGGGCAAGAGCCUGUUCGUCGGCUUCACGUUCCGGCACCGCAAGCCCCAGACCGAGGAGGGCACUCCACGUAAGCCGAUCACGACGGACACCUUUGGCACAAUGUUGUAG